AUGCGCGAGAAGGGCACUUUAGUGAUUAUGGCGAAUGCGAGGGGCAAUGCGAUGAGCGACAGUCAAUGGAGACGCUCGGCGCUUAUUCGGUGGAAAUCCACGGUCGCUCUUUGGACGAAAAUCCUCAUCUCCGAGUGGUACAGCAGCGCGAUAGCAUACGACAUCGUUCCCAUUCACGACCGUCGAGAACAAAUUGGAUCGGACUUACCCUCACGACUCGGUAUGGACCAGCAAGAAGUGGAUGGCGAUUUCAGUUUGGCACAGCAGCUGUAUACACUGCUCAACCAACCUCAGCGGACACGAGAGGGCAUCAAUAGGCUCCUCCGUCUUUGUCGGCGACGACUGAAGAGGCGGACGGCCAGUGUGACCGAGUUUGUUAGUCUCCUGCGAGAUCUCUUGGCAGGGCGUCCAGAGUCGUUGAACAUUCUGGAGCUCAAAGAUCUUGUUAAACGAGUAACCGCGUCCACAGAGGGCAGCGCGCGAGACGACGAUGACGAUGACAUUGACAGCAGCGGGACCGAGAGUGAUGCCGAAACCCUGCGGCAAAACUGUGAGACGGUCCGGACAAAUUGGAAGAAAACAUAUUCUUGCAGAAGGACACUCAUCCAGUUGUGGGGCAUGGAUGUCGUUUUCUACUACGGAGCUCAUCUUGCCGCGCGUAGUUUCACGGAGGCAGCCAUCACAGCUACCUACCGCCAUGGUCAUUCCUUCGAGAACUUGCGUGAGCCACUCAAUCGUCAGAUAUGGGCCUCAAUAUUGCAGAACAAGGGGCGUGUCGGUGGGAACCGAACAAAACGAAAUAUUGCCGAGAACUUCAAUCGCAUCGUGCGGUCUGAUAUGGAUGCAUUGAAGGGGUGUGCCACAACGAUUGCGCCAGAACUACCAGCAGAUCUGGUCUACGAAACGGACGAGCAUGGGAUCAUAUGCGCGUACUGCUGGACUAAUGUUGACGGUAUUUGUUCUACAUCUUCCGAGGUCGCCGCGCCGCCUGGAACCUUAAAUGUUGAAGGCCAUGUACAGAGACCUGGUGCGGACACAGUGCCGUCUCCACUCUUGGCUCAGCAGCAAGUCGCUCCUCCUUCGCAAUCAGCACUGCGGGAACCUACCUCACCAAUACACGACACAACCAGAGCACUUCGCGGUCGACGAAUACACGAUGCACCGACAAACCCUGUUUAUACUCGGGGGUCAAAUACAUCACGAAGACCGCCUAGAGGUACUGAAGACUACACAAUAGAAGAGCACAAUGGCAUCAGCACGGAGAAAGCAGGAGGCAAGGUGGGCAACAAGCGCCGAAAAGUCAGUCUUGCUGGUCAAGGGAAAAGCCUUGUUAGGGAGAAGCUGUUGGGCCCGCCGCCUGAUACGGAGGCCAGCUUUAUUGCCUCAAUCGGUACCUCGAUUUGGUCGUGCACGUCGUCAGACUACGAUAUACUUCAGGACGAUUGGCAUCGAAGAUAUCUCUCGUCUUUGCAAGCUCUCCGACAGACCUUCCAGAACGCUGCAGAUCGGACCGUCGGACGCACUCGACAGCUCAUGAUAUGCGCUGUUAGGUGGCUUGGACAGCUUCGGUUAGCAAAGAUUGCCACCUCACAGGAUUCGACCGCCAGCUGCAAUGUUAUCGCCUUAUCUGCAAGCACAUUUUCUAGACUUUCUAAGCUCGGCUUCAAGCCACUUCGCUGCGUUCUGGUCAAAGACGAGCAAUUCCACGAUGAAGACUGUAUUGAUGUGCAUCGGUUUCUUGAGCGUCUCCAUAGAAGAUAUAAAACGCAGAGCGUGGAGGUCCAGGACCCAUCAAACGGGAGCACGCUGUCAGUCGAUUCACAAGCCAUCAUCGAGCGAUAUGAACGUGAGCACGAUGCCCCGCUAUCCGAUGUCCGUCCAGAAACGGUGCUGAAUCUUCUCGAUAUGAAAGAUAUUCUGAGCCUGGCGAAGCCACGGGCGUUGAGUCUAGAGCGCUUCCAACGUCUUUUCGACUGGGUCGCUGAGGGUACUGGUCCUGGCAAAGACCGUGAUUACGCCACACCAACUUCUCGUCAGACACAUCUCGCCGUUCGGCACUCGGUACAGAAGAGCUUGGCUUUUAACAUCCUCGGCUUUACCGGCUCGUUCUCGGGUCCGCACGUCGAUUACCUCAACGGAACAUGGCUUCGCUGUGUAAGUGGCGUCAAGGCUUGGAUCAUUGCCGUCGAUCUGACGCCACAGGACUAUAAGGACUUCGCCGACCAAGGCAACUCUUGGUGUCCUGAGGGUAAGACACGCAUUAUCAUUCUCGAAGCGGGUGAUGUCUUGUGGAUGCCCCCUGGCAUUUUGAUCAUUCAUAGUCCUAUGACAAUUGAGCAUUGUCUUAUGUGCGGUGGCAUGAUGUGGGACACGGAUCAAGAGGCUGCCAUCGCAGCCAAUAUUCGCUGGAUCGAUAUGCAUGCCAAUGUAAGCAAUGAAGCGCCGCCAGCAGGUAUGACAGAACAAAUGAAUGGCAUGGGCCCGCGUCAGACCAAAGUCUAG